GAUCACUUAUUAGUUAUAAAAAUGUGAGAAAAUCCAAAAGUAUUAAGUUAUUAAUUAGAGAGCAACAUUUUUAAAAUUCGAAAUUAAUUAAGCCUUGUGUUGGGGAUUACUUGGAUCCGGCCGGUGACGCCACGCUAAAACCUAAAAUGCGCCCACAUAAAUGCAGGCUUGCAACAUCACUCUAUUCUCUGCUGCAUUUCGUCGGCCUCCUUCCGCAUCCCCCGCCGCCGCCAAUCAACCCUUAGCCGCCGCCGCCGGUUGCGAAAUACUGAUCGGAAAUGCAAGCGAUUAGAUAAACCGAAAGCAGUCGAUCGUCAGUAUAGAGUAGCACAGAUCCCAAUUGCAUCCUUCGUUGUUAUCUAGAUUAAACCGUUAAUGGCUUCCGAGGACGUGAAGGCUAGUGAAUCGGCUGUGGAGAAGAUCGUGAACCUCGCUGAAGAGGCGAAACUCGCCAGGGAAGAAAUUAAGCCGACGAGCCAUACAGUCCUGAGCGUCUGCAAAUCUCUCGUGGCUGGAGGCGUCGCGGGUGGAGUGUCACGGACAGCUGUUGCUCCUUUGGAACGGUUAAAAAUUUUGCUACAGGUUCAAAAUCCCCACAGUAUUAAAUACAAUGGCACAGUUCAAGGUCUAAAUUAUAUCUGGAGAACUGAGGGAUUCAGAGGAUUAUUUAAGGGCAAUGGCACCAACUGUGCCCGCAUCAUUCCAAAUUCAGCUGUCAAGUUUUUCAGCUAUGAGCAGGCUGCCAAGGGCAUCUUAUGGCUCUACCGGGAACAAACCGGAAAUGAUGAUGCUCAGCUCAGUCCUCUCCUGCGUCUUGCUGCUGGAGCUUGUGCUGGAAUAAUUGCCAUGUCUGCAACGUACCCCAUGGACAUGGUCCGAGGCAGGCUUACUGUCCAAACAGAUAAAUCUCCUUACCAGUACAGGGGAAUGCUUCAUGCUUUGUCAACUGUGCUCCGCGAGGAAGGUCCACGGGCUUUGUAUAAAGGCUGGCUUCCUUCUGUCAUAGGAGUUAUUCCUUACGUGGGUCUUAAUUUUGCCGUUUAUGAAUCAUUGAAAGAUUUUCUGAUAAAAUCUAAACCUCUCGGACUUGUGGACGAAAAUGGCGAGCUUGGUGUUAUUACUAGGCUGGGUUGCGGUGCUGCAGCAGGGACCAUUGGGCAAACUGUUGCCUAUCCGCUUGAUGUUAUUCGCCGAAGAAUGCAGAUGGUGGGUUGGAAAGAUGCUGCAUCUGUUGUAGUUGGUGAAGGAGGGAAGGGAAGGGCUUCUCUGGAGUACACUGGCAUGAUUGAUGCUUUUAGCAAAACUGUUCGCAAUGAGGGUUUCAGAGCACUCUACAAGGGCCUGGUUCCCAAUUCAGUGAAGGUCGUUCCAUCAAUUGCCAUUGCUUUCGUGACGUAUGAGCAAGUCAAAGAGAUCUUGGGGGUUGAGAUCAAGAUAUCAGAUUGAUUGAUACUUGAUAGAGAGAUUAGAGAGAGAGAGAGAACCCAAUAUCAUCCUCAUCCAUCAAUGCAAUAACUAUGUAGGCAAAGAUUCGACCAAGUUCAUGAUUUUAGGAACCUAUAUUCUACGGCGACAUUCAAGUCGAAAAACUUUGUUCUACAUCGACAGCUCACCCUUUUUUCGUAGACGCCCGUCCAUUGUGGCUCUCGUGCUUCGCCCGGGCCAUUAAUAAGAACUUGUGAGUCUUGCUGAAUAUAUAUUGCUGUAACAACAAUAAAUUUGCUUUGGAUUGCCUUGUUGGCAAGACUAUUUUUUUUUUUUUUAAAAUAGGGCACGCUAUAUUCUUCGUUGUUUUUUCAUUUUUCCUGUUUUGAGCUGUGAUGACGGAAAUCGUUUUCCGCCUUUUAAAUAUGAAUUUUGCUGUCUUCUGAUAUUCUUUGAAUGUAUGGUGUUUACUUUAUGUUUGGUAUAUGCAUAUUUGAUAUAAUAAUGCUAGGAACCUGCC